AUGUCAGCAAUGAUACCGAAGUCAAGGUUAUUUACCAAAUAUCCAAGAACUUACCUGCAAAAUUAUAUUGGACUCUAUAGCAAUCAGUUAUCAAAACUGCCAACUUUAACUCUGUACACCAAAGAUCCUUGUCCACUUUGUGAUGAGGCGAAAGAAAAGUUGAAACCAUUUGAACAUAGAUAUAUCUUUGAGCAAGUUGAUAUUACAGCGGAAGGAAAUGAAACAUUCCAUAAACUUUACAGAUAUGAUAUUCCAGUGUUUCAUUUCAAUGGAGAAUUUCUGAUGAAACAUCGAGCCGAUACUGAUUUUAUGGAAAAGGUGUUGAAGGAUUAUGAAAAAAAGAUAUCUAACAAAUCUUGA